AUGGAGCUGCCAGACCGACUGAAGGAGGCGACCGACGAUGCCGAGCAAGAGGAGGACGUGUUCCCCGCUGCCCAGCGCGGCGGCGGCAUGUUCAUGAACAUGAACCAGAGCAUCUUCGGCCUGAUCGCCGCCGCCGGGAGCACCGUCGACUUCAACCACCGCCUCGAGGGCAACAGCAGCGACGAGGACGACGACGAAGACGACGAGGCGUCCUCGCAUCACGGCAGGAAAGGAAAGGCUGCCAUGGGGGUUGACGGGGGAGUCGCCCAGACGACGGUCCUGAGGAAACCGAGCGGGAAGGGCGAGAAGCACCAUCGGAGGAAGUUUAGCGACAGCAAGCUGCUGCGGUCACUGCCUACCCUGUCGCGCCUAUCUACGAAACACAAGGCGAAGAAGCUUGAGGGAAAGAAGCCAACAGUUCAAAUACAAGAGGAAUCAGAGCCCGAGUCUUCGGCCACGGACUCGCCAACCCUGGGUGUUCAAGACGAGAAUCGCCUGGCGCCAGUCAUGAGCCGCAUGCUAGAGGCCCGGGCGGAGGCAACAAGCCGGCCAAGCUUCGACCUCGAAAGGCUGUCCGGGGAGAGGGGCCGUAUACCGGGCGCUAUGGGCGAUACUGGACCGACGGAUCUGUCCAAGAAGUUGAUGGAGAUCUUCCAAUUUGAAGAGCCCGAGGAGGUAGUCUCAGAAUACCCCUGCUGGUUACUACAAAGCGUAUUGCUUCAAGGCUACAUCUAUAUUACGUCAAAACACAUUUGCUUCUACUCAUAUCUACCUAAGAAAUCGCACGAAGUUGUCAAAUCAGGCUACCUCUCGAAGAGCGGCAAAAGAAAUCCCAAGUUCAACAGAUACUGGUUCCGUCUAAAAGGCGACAUACUGUCGUACUUCCGGGAUCCGUCAAAUCUGUACUUCCCCAGCGGUCAAAUCGAUUUACGCUAUGGCAUAUCUGCUUCCAUAACGGACAAGGACAAAGACGGUGUCCAUUUCUCCGUCGUCACCGACCAUAGGACCUACAAUUUCCGAGCAGACAGCGCGCCGAGCGCCAAGGAGUGGGUGAAGAGCUUACAGCGCGUCAUCUUCCGCAGCCACAAUGACGGCGACAGCGUCAAGAUCAGCCUCCCCAUCCAGAACAUCAUAGAUAUCGAAGAGACGCAGAUGCUCGAAUUUGCCGACACCUGUAAGAUACGCGUGAUUGAUAACGAUGAGACUUACGCCAUUGAUGAGUAUUUCUUCUCAUUCUUCAGCUACGGCAAAGAAGCAUUAAAUGUACUCAAGAUUCUAAUUGAAGACUCUACACAACAAGCCGAUUCAAAUAAGCUUGGUGCGCGAGCCGUAGCAGAGGAGGCAUCGACCUCGGAGCUGCCCUCUUCAAAGAGGACUUCUAUGAGCGGUAGCAGAGAUAAGCUUGUUCCUCAAAAAAUCCGAACAGCUAGGCUCGGCGAGAAUGUCAAGGCUACCCUCUCCCCAAUGUCACCUCAAUCACCACCCGGGCCGUCCCCUCGCCCUAGUGGCGAGUACACGCGAGGCAGCUUUGACGCCUUCAGACAAUUUGGUCGUAAGAGUCUAGACCUCGCUCGAGUCGGCCGCCCGGAGGCACCGCGACGUAGUGUUAGUGACAGCCGACGAUCGUUCAGCGGAAACCGUUUGGGCGAGAUGAAGAAACAUCCAGAGAGGUACAGCUCAGCAGACUCGUAUGUGCAGUCCAUGGAAGAUCCCAGCCAGGCAAGCAUAUCUCAGCUUGUGGCUUCCUCGAGCGAUGCGGAUCAGUCGGCCAGUCAGAUUCUCCGAGGCAGUGAUGUCUUCCAUAGUCCCACCAUUCGGCGAUCCGCGUCAGCUACACGGAGGCGGCCUCAUGACCACCGUCACGGCAGUCCUUCUCUUCGGCCAGCAGAUCACGGGUCGCCACAUUUGCCUCAUCAUGCCGCGACCACCGGCCACAUGGCAGAGCUAGGUGCAGGAGACGAGCUGCAGCCGGGAACACCAACAUUGCAGAGUCUCGCAAAGAUGGGGUCAUAUCCCCUGCAACGCGUUGGUGAGAUGGCUGGCUUUGUAAAUCGACAUACCAAGCGGAUGAGCACGUUCUUGUCCACCGAGCCCAUGGGCUAUGUUGAGAAAAUAUCUGGCAUGUGGAAAGGCGGUCACAAACACUACGACGAGAAUGCUGCUCUUCGAACCGACGAUGAACUCGGCGAUGAUGAUAGCAAGUCCAAGGAAGACAAGACUCUGCUUGCCAACGAGCGCUUCCGGGAACACUUUGCUUUACCGGAAAGCGAGAAGCUGACUGCCACCUACUUCGGCUAUCUUAUUCGUGUGCUUCCUCUAUAUGGGAAAGUCUACCUUAGCGAGCGGUUCUUCUGUUUCCGUAGCCUUCUUCCUGGCACCCGGACGAAACUCAUCCUUCCUCUCAAGGACAUUGAAAAUGUUGACAAGGAGAAGGGAUUCCGCUUUGGCUAUUCUGGUCUGGUUGUUGUCAUUCGAGGCCACGAGGAAAUCUUCUUCGAGUUCGGACAGGCAAACUUGCGUGACGACUGCGCGAUUACGCUCCUACAAGGUCUAGAGGCGUCAAGAUUCAUGCGCGAGUCGCAUGUAAUUGACCGUGAUGAGCAAGAAUUGGCCGACAACGCCUUGGCAGAGCGCGAUGCACUGCAAGAAGCCCGACAAGAGGAAUAUCCUGAUCAUGAGCUUCAAAUGCCCAGGCAGACCACCGAGAUUGCCGACUGCCCGACUAUAUUGUUUGAUGAUCCGAAGGCAUCAAUCUUGAACUUCAAGCCAGAAAAGUCUCUGCGCAUUACCUGUCUGACUAUCGGUUCGAGAGGUGAUGUCCAGCCGUACAUUGCGCUCUGUAAGGGUCUCAUUGCCGAAGGGCACAAAGCUCGCAUUGCAACACACAUUGAGUUCAAGGAUUGGAUUGAGAAGCACGGAAUCGAGUUCGCGCUCGUUGAGGGAGAUCCGGCUGAGCUGAUGCGCUUGGUCAUCCAGAACGGCACGUUCACGCUUGCCUUCCUUCGAGAGGCAAACUCGACGAUGAGAAAAUGGCUCGACGGGCUCCUUCUUAGCAGCUGGGAAGCAUGCAAGGGGUCAGAUGUUCUCAUCGAAAGUCCCUCCGCCAUGGCCGGUAUUCAUGUCGCGGAGAAGCUGGGAAUUCCGUACUUCAGGGCUUUUGGCAUGCCUUGGACCAGGACGCGUGCCUACCCUCAUGCGUUCGUUAUGCCCGAACACAAGAUGGGCGGAGCCUACAACUACGUGACAUAUGUCAUGUUUGACAAUGUUUUCUGGAAGGCGACAGCAGGCCAGGUCAACAGGUGGCGCAACAAGACUUUGGGCUUGCCAAACACUAAUCUGGAGAGGAUGCAACCCAACAAGGUACCAUUCUUGUACAACUUCUCCCCCUUCGUCGUGCCACCACCCCUCGAUUACUCCGAUUGGAUCCGUGUCACUGGCUACUGGUUCCUUGACGAAGGUGGCCAGCAAUGGACUCCUCCUAAGGACCUGGUCGAGUUUAUCGCCAAAGCCCGCAAGGACGAGAAGAAGCUUGUGUAUGUUGGCUUCGGCAGCAUCAUUCUUGACAAUCCCGGCAAGUUCACGCGCGAGAUCAUCGACGCUGUCGCGAAGGCCGACGUGCGCUGUAUUCUCAGCAAGGGCUGGAGCGACCGUCUCGAUCCCAAGACGUCGGGCUCGAGCGCCGAGGACAGCGAGAAGACCGAUGGAGAGUCGACGGAGAUUCCUCUGCCGUCCGAGAUCUUCUCCAUCAAAUCCGCCCCUCACGACUGGCUCUUCGGGCAAAUCGAUGCUGCAGCCCAUCACGGAGGGUCAGGUACUACAGGCGCGAGUCUACGAGCCGGUAUUCCGACUAUCGUGAGACCAUUCUUUGGUGACCAGUUCUUCUUCGGCAGUCGCGUGGAAGAUCUUGGAGUGGGUAUUUCCCUGCGGAAAUGGGGUGCCAACUCAUUUGCUCGGGCACUCUGGGAGGCGACUCACAGUGAGCGGAUGAUCAACAAGGCGAAGAUGCUGGGAGAGAAUAUUCGCAAGGAGAACGGCGUUGAUACUGCCAUUCAGUGCAUUUACCGCGACAUGGAGUACGCCAAGUCACUCGUCAUGAAGAAGGCGGGCAAGAACGCAGCUGCCGCCGCCGCCACCGACAGCGAGGAUUAUGACGACGUCGAAGAAGAGAGCUGGACAUUUGUCGGCGACGGCGACGCGAGCGAUGAGCUUGCAGCAGAAGCAGCCGUGGCGGGAGUCGCAGGCGGGGGAAUGACCAUGGGCAGCAAGGCGUUGGGGAGUAGACUCAUGGGCGCGCGCGCGGGUCAAUAG